AAGUAUACAGAGCUACAUUCAACUUAGGACCCAAGCCUUACUCCUCUUUAGGGAAAUAUUUGUUCAUAAUGACAAUGCUUACGUUCCUAGGGAAAUGCUUCUUUCUUUAACCAAUUGCUUUUACAUUAAUCUAAAGAAAACAUAGAAAUAUAUUAUGUUCUUCUUUUUCUUUCUUCCUCUUGGACUCCAGGAUUUUUGGCAUAAUAAGAGUAAAUAUGCAAAACUUUUACUGACUUGUCCAAGAUGUUUCAAUAAAUCAGUUCGUGUUUGUCGACAUUGGAAAACACUAUCCCUUAUCAUUUUGCCUAUCCUCCCUGUCUAUACCACGAAAGCUUUACGAUGCUCCGUUUGUGGAUGGUGGGAACGUACUAACAAGCACUUGAUUGAAACGAAAAUUAAAGACGAACCUCGUCUGCAGGGUUCGAGAUUACAAGGGAAUCCUGGCAUACAAUAUCCCCAUCCUGCAACAACGAUACAACAGCCGUGCUAUGAAUCUGGCGGCUCGGAUCCAUCACAAGGCCAAUCGAAUUCAAAGCCCCAGAGGCAUUCUGAGGAGCCGCUUCCUCCCUAUUCAUAGGAACCGUAAUCGGAAGAGUAAUGUUAUUAUCAAUUUCUUUCUUCGUCAAUGACCCAAGCAUCUGUUAUUAUGAAUUUGUUCUACAGUGAACGUCACUGCAUGGUUUUCCAGAAAAAAUAAAAUAAAAUAAAAUGUGAUUAUCUAGCGCUAGCAAUACAAAACUUUCAUAAAACUAGCAUUCAGCAUUUUACGCC